AUGUCGUCAAGUUAUGAGGUAGUAUUUAGCCAGGAUGGAUUUUUCGUUACGGCAACCCAUGAGAACCGUAUGCGCAAAUAUGCUGAGGGGCAAACACAUUGCGCCGUAUGGCUGAAAUCAAUGACGUGGGAGGUUUGGACGGCGGCAGAUUCUGCUAUCGGUAGAAGGGUUGAUGAAUUUGCUGCUAAACAAUACCCCUUCAGAACUCUUGAGGGAUUGGAUUUUUGCAAGAUCAACGCGCUGGAUGAGAAGCAUGUUCGUCAAGCUGUUGAGUCUUUCUUUUCAUGGUCUGCUCUCGCGCUUCACAUGACGUUCCGCUAUUUCCCGCAACAUGCGUACUGCAUGGCAGACCCUCGAGAGCCAAAGCUUCAAGUAAUAGUCGUUCAACUGCUAGGAACUGGAUCAAAGAUUACCCUUUACAAAAGAUCUCACCAUACACCUUUGAAACCCAAGGCGGCUUCGAACGGGUUAUUAGAGGUUCAACGAGAACUGCUCAAAACGCCGGAUAUUGAAGAAAUUCAGAAAGACAUGAAAGAUGGAGGUUUAGUAGUAUUAGAUGCUCGUCUUAGCUUCAAUAUUCAAGGUCGUGCGAUUACGCUAGCAUUUGCAAACAAAGAGGAGCUCGCUCGAUGGGGGAGAAUAAAGCUUCCAAACAAUGCGUAUCUGAGGCAGAAAGUCAAAGCAAUGGAAACUGAAAAGAUCGGGAUGAAUUAUGAAUUUGAAGAUUGA